AUGAUGGAUUUUGAUGAGCGUGUUCCUUGUUCCUCUAACAUGUAUUUGCCAAGUUGUACUUACUACGUCUCGGGUCCUGAUUUUUCCAGCCUCCCUUCUUUUUUGCCCCAGACCCCGUCUUCUCGCCCUAUGACAUACUCCUACUCCUCCAACCUACCCCAGGUCCAACCUGUGAGAGAAGUUACCUUCAGGGAAUAUGCCAUUGAUCCCUCCAGUAAAUGGCACCCCAGGAACAAUCUGCCCCACUGCUACUCCGCAGAGGAGAUCAUGCACAGAGACUGCUUGCCUGCCACCAACACUGCUAGCAUGGGCGAGAUGUUCGGCAAAAACACAGCUAACGUCUACCACCCCAGCACCAACGUCUCCUCCAAUUUCUAUAGCACGGUGGGCAGGAACGGGGUCCUACCCCAGGCUUUCGACCAGUUUUUCGAGACGGCUUAUGGCACGGCGGAAAACCUGGCCUCGGCGGACUACCCGGUAGACAAGAGUGGCGAGAAGGCGCCCGCGGCCGCCGGGGCGGCGGCGGCAACUUCAAGUUCGGAGGGCGGCUGCGGCAGGGCGGCGGCGGCGGCGGCGGCGGCGGAGAAGGAGAGGCGGAGGCGGCCGGAGAGCAGCAGCAGCCCCGAGUCAUCUUCCGGCAACAAUGAGGAGAAAUCCGGCAGCUCCAGUGGACAACGUACCCGUAAAAAGAGAUGCCCAUACACCAAAUACCAGAUUAGAGAGUUAGAAAGGGAAUUCUUCUUCAGUGUCUACAUAAACAAAGAGAAACGCCUCCAGCUCUCCCGAAUGCUCAAUCUGACCGACCGCCAAGUGAAAAUAUGGUUUCAGAACAGAAGAAUGAAAGAAAAAAAAAUUAACAGGGACCGAUUACAAUAUUACUCAGCUAAUCCACUACUUUAA